CAGCCAGUCUAACAUAAUGAUUAUCUGAUCAGAUUUAUCAGGACUGGCCGUAGACCGGGGCAACCUGACAGAGCUUCUCAUGCUGCUCCGCCCUUCAGCCUGACCCGUCCUUGCUUGCAUAUGGUCUUUUGUCCGUCUGUGCCUGUCUAAUGGUGGCUUACCUGGCAUCCUCGUCCUCAUUGCCGCUCCCUCCCGUCCUCACAUCUUGGAAUCGCACACUCGUCCAGCAAUAGUCAACAUGGCGCCCCAGGUCUUUGCCGUCCCUGUCUUCCUCGUCGUGUUCCGUGAGACCCUCGAGACUGUCAUCAUCGUCUCCGUGCUCCUCGCAUGGCUCAAACAGACUCUCGACGGUCCUGAGCGAGAUGUCAAGGUCUACAAGAAGCUCCGGCGCCAGGUCUGGGCGGGAACCGGCCUCGGCUUCUUCAUCUGUCUUGUAGUGGCAGCCGCCGUCAUCGGCACAUUCUACACCGUCGGCGUCAACAACUGGGAGACCAGCGAGCUUUACUACGAGGGUGCUUUCGCCCUGUUCGCCUCCAUCAUCAUCACCGUCGUCGGCGCCGCCCUCCUGCGCAUUUCCAAGAUGCAGGAGAAAUGGCGUGUCAAGCUGGCCGCUGCCCUCGAAGGGCCCGUGGUUAAGACCGGCUCCCGUUUUGGCUGGCUCAAAAACUUCUCCGAGAAGUACGCCUUGUUCAUCCUCCCCUUCAUCACCGUGUUGCGUGAGGGAAUCGAGGCAAUCAUAUUCGUCGCCGGCGUGUCCUUCUCGGCCCCGGCUACCGCUUUCCCCCUGCCUGCUGUAGUCGGGUUGCUGGUAGGUAUACUGGUGGGAUAUAUCCUGUACAAAUCCGGAUCCUCGGCCAAGAUGCAACUGUUCCUCGUCCUCUCUACGUGCUUGCUCUACCUGGUCGCAGCUGGACUCUUCUCCCGAUCUGUAGGGUACUUUGAACAACAGAAGUGGAACAACAUUGUCGGAGGCGAUGCAGCUGAACUAGGAGUCGGCCCUGGUUCUUACGACAUCGACAAGUCUGUGUGGCACGUCAACUGCUGUAGCCCCGAGUUCAAUGGAGGAGGAGGCUGGGGUAUCUUCAAUGCCAUUCUGGGCUGGAACAACACCGGCACGUACGGCUCCGUCAUUGCCUACAACGUCUAUUGGAUCUUUGUCAUCGCCAGCUUCGUCGUGAUGAGAUUCAGAGAGGUCAAGGGCCACUGGCCCUUCAUGAAGCCUAAGCAUGUUUCCUCGGAGACGAGCAGUGAGUCUGGUGUCAACGGAGAGCCGGCGAACGGCCAGAAUGUCAAGAGAGCCGAGGCCGAGGAGAAGUCUGUAGCAACGUCUUAGGUACACGCAUUCGGCCAGGUUGGGUGUUUAUACUGUUCAGGAUGGAGUAGCAUCUUGCUUUUUCAGAACAUGUAAAGAGGAAGGGUUAGGUGAGUGAGAAUAAUAAGUUGUGUGGAUUCUGGGGCGGAUAGUGAGGAGUCUGAGUGGAACAGGAAUGCAUCUGGAGGAUACACUAAACCUAAAAUAUGUGUCCAGGACAAAGUAGUCAGAAACGGACCAUUUGUGCUGGCUUUCUAUAAGUUUAUCACUUGCUUCGUAGAUUUGCCGGAAUACCGUUCGCUUGGACUCGAUGGGCUAUCAGACCUCAACACUUUAUCUGACUGAUUGACG